AAGGUGGAACGCAGCCUGACAGGCGCGAGACACCUCCUCUCCGGCUUUUGUGUGAGUGGGAGUGUGUGGCGGUGCGCGCGCCGGUUUGCUCGCUCGCGCCUCGGCAAAAGAGCAGGCAGGUUGCCCUCGCCUCUGAGACAGAAAGGGAGAGAGAGAGAAGGAGGGAGGGAGGAGUGGCCACUGCCAGCCAGGCUCUGAAGCCUCCUCUUGCUACUGCUGCUGCUGAAGCGAAAGCACUGAAGAAGGCUUUCUAUUAGCGCGAGGGAGAGUGGAGAGCGCGCGCGCCAGCAGGUGCGGACUCUCCCACUGAGGCGGGCUUCUGGAGUGCCAUUAAGGAAAGAAGAAAGAACGAGGCGCGCGCUCGCUCGCUUGCUUCCUUCCUCGCGCGCUCUCUCUCUCUCUCUCUCCCCCAGGAUUGGGUGCUGCUCUCCCUCUUGAGCAUCUGGCUGAGGAUUUAGUCGGAGGCAGAGGCGGCUGUGGGAGAGAGGUUCUUGUUCUUCAGUUAAACUUAGACCUUUAGAGAAGCUAAAAGUGAAGAAAGGCCUAAGUUAACAAGAUCUGGAUUUACAAGAACAAAAAUAUUUACAUCUCCUAUAUCCGAAAAGCAAGACGACUCGUCUGACUGGGAAACUGAAGAAGAAAAUCCUCCAGAGUUAAAAUGAAUACAGAUAGUGGUGGGUGCGCUCGCAAACGUGCUGCCAUGUCUGUCAAAUUAACAGCUGUGAAGAGAGUUCAGAGUUCUCCAAACCUAUUGACUGCAGGACUUGAUUCUCAGUCACCAGAUUCAGCUUGGAGAUCAUUUAACAGUGGAAGUAGAGAGACACUGAACGGAGACACUAGCAGCUCCUCUCUUGCAGCCAAAGGCUUUCGAAGUGUCCGGCCAAAUCUACAAGAAAAGAAAUCACCAACUCAGGCACCCCCAUUACCUCCUAGGAAGGACAGUUUGGUUCGAUCAGAGAAAAUUAACCAUAAGAAGAGUGAAAGUAACUCCUGGUCUCUAACAACCAAACAAACUAAGAAAGCUCCUUCUGAUACUGACCACUGUACUAACAAGGAGUUCCUACGAAGGACAGCUUAUUCUAAAAAAUCUAAUACCAGUGUGUCUUACACACACAAAAUCACAAAACCAUUGGCCUUGGUUUCCAGCACAAAAACAAUAGCUGGCAUUCGAGCUACUGUUCGUCAAGGCUACAAACAGUUCCCAAAGCGUAGAGUAUCUGCCUUGAAGUUAACUCGGGCACGCAACACAGUUAGCACUCUUCCUUCUCAUAUGCAGCAACAGCCUUUGCCUGUUGACUCAGCAGCGGCUCCUCAGAGGCCUGCCUCACCUGCCUGUAACCCUGGGCCUGAGACACACAAAGCCUCUCUCUCCAUUCAGAUAGCUCCCAUCCCUGAUAAUAAGGUAGAGCCUGAGAGCCAACAACAUCCACCUAGGUUUUCUCCAGACCCUUCAAAGACGCCUCCAAACAAUAUGCAACCCAUGUCUACAGUUGCUUCUGCACAGCCUGCAGAGUACAAUGUGCAUGGAAACCAGAAAGUUACUGCCAGUGUGAUGGAGGUAAAUGCUUCACAGUCACACAGACAAACUUCAGCUGAAACUUCGCCACUGCCUCCUUCACCUCCUCCUUCCAGGGUGUCGAUUAACAGACCCUCUCACUCACCCGACAGUGGUGGCAGCCACGUAACAUCCUAUAUUUUGCCAACCAGUUUUUGGCCUUCACGCUUUUAUAGAACCCUGGCCCUUUCACGAUUCUCAUACACAUACCCUUUCCUAGUUCCAGACAGUACUAUCCACCACAGGACUGAAACGGCCUCUGUCAGGACAGACUCAGCCAUGAGUGAGUACUCCUCUCGCCCGGUGAGUGAGUCCUCCACGGCCAUUCUAGAUGACCUACAGAGCUGUAACUAUGAUACUACUGACUGUUCUGAAACACCUUCCCCAACCUUGAGUCAGAUGUCUGCUGUGUCAGAUGGCACCACCUUAACCUCCACUGCUGCCGGCUGCCAUACUCAGAUAACAGUGAAUGGGACCUCUAGUGCAGCAACAAGCCCAAUGAGUCACUUCCAAAGGCCUUUCUCCCCCGCUUCAGCCUAUUCCCCGCCGGUCUCACUCAGUUCAAGCACAGUUCACCUGCACCAGAGCAGGGUUAUGGAAUCCACAGAGACAUACUCACAGCAUGCUCAUUCUGUUGGCGGCAGCAGCAGCACCAGCACAAUACCAAUCUGUAGAACGUCGGAGGAAGAGAAGAAAGUCACGGUCAUUAAAGCACCACAUUAUGCAGGGAUUGGCCCAAUAGAUGAAUCAGGAAUCCCAACUGCAAUUAGAACGACAGUUGACAGACCGAAGGAUUGGUAUAAGACGAUGUUCAAGCAAAUUCACAUGGUUCACAAGCCUGAUGAUGACACAGACAUGUAUAAUACUGCAUAUGCAUAUAAUACUGGUAACUUCAGUCCAUCCUAUUCGGCCCAAGCACAUCCUGCUGCAAAGACUCACACAUACAGACCACUGACGAAAAGUACUUCUGACAAUGGCAGUGAUGCCUUCAAGGUCUCAUCCCCUGUACCUCCACCACCUCCAGCACCACCAAUUCGACCACGGCAAAGAUCUGCACCAGAAAAAAAUGAGUGGGAGCCACCUGAUAGAAAAGUAGACACACGCAAAUUCCGUUCAGAACCAAGGAGUAUUUUUGAAUAUGAGCCUGGGAAGUCCUCCAUCCUUGAACAUGAAAGACCAAGUGAUCGCAUAAACCCAGAUGACAUAGAUUUAGAAAAUGAACCCUGGUAUAAAUUCUUUUCAGAGCUGGAGUUUGGACGCCCGCCUCCUAAAAAGAUUUUGGAUUAUGUUCAAGACCAUCCUCCAGGUCUUUCUAAUGAGACAUCUUUAUAUUACAGUCCAGCAGACAGACGCUUGGAUAGACCUUCUAGUUCUGCAAGUACAGCAAGUGACUACAGGAAACGAAGGAAGUCAGAGCCUGCGGUAACUAAUCAGAAGCCACACAGCGAUCAAAACACAAACCGGGCCAGCCUGGGCCGUACAGACACGCAGAGCACAUACUCUACUCUUCGGAAGCCUGUUACAAGCUCUUCCCCAUCUUCUCCAUCAAGAACAAAAGGUGGGGAUAUUAGCAAAGUGUGUCCGCCCCUUUCCAGUUGUUCAGUGCCCAACCAUAGCACCUCAAAUGAAUUAGAUUGCUGUAGUAACUAUGGGCAGCGCUUGUCUGUACCCGGUGACUCAAGAAGGGCUAUUAGCUACAAGAAUGGCUGGCAAAUGGCCCGCCAAAACGCAGAAGUCUGGAGUAGCACAGAAGAGACGUCCUCCUCUCCCAAGCGGAAAUCUCGCAGUUGCGAUAACCUGCUGGCAGAUGAUCAUUGUGGAUUUCCUGACACACAGAAUAAAUCCGAAAGCAUGGUAUCUUUGCUAUGUGAGGAAGAUUCCAAAGGCGGCUCCAACCUUUCCUGGGCUUCUCCAUAUGCUUCUGAAAUCCAUGGGUCUAGCCGUUCAAGGGCCCGACACAGAUCUGCCCACGAUGCUCCCGGGUUCCUAAAAAUGUAUAAGAGGAUGCACCGCAUCAAUCGCAAAGACUUGCUGAAUUCUGAAGUGAUUUGCUCGGUAAAGUCCAGGGUAUUGCAGUACGAAAAAGAACAGGAUACAGGUCUGCUGCAGGACUGGAAAGACUUAUCUGCUGAGGAGGUGCCAAGAGAUAUGGUCCCCAACAGAAUAUCUGAAUUUGAAAAACUAAUUAAAAAAUCGAAGUCCAUGCCAAAUUUAGCCGAAGAAGCGUUAUCGGCAGUAACCCUCCUCGAAUCCCCUAAAAAUGGUUUCUGCCCAAACAGGCGGUUCUCUAUUGAGUCCUUGCUGGAGGAAGAGAAUCAGGGUAGACACACUACUCAGGUUCAGAAGAAUUCCAAAUCAAAAACUCUUGUGCCAAUACACAUUGAGGUGACCAGUGAAGACCCUCAAAGGUCUCACGAUUUUUCAGACAGUGACCAAGAUGGGGUAGUCUCUGAUCUCAGUGACUUUAUACAGAUAGAAGGCUCUUCCUUUUGUAGUGAAAGCGAUUUUGACCACUUCUCGUUUACAUCUUCGGAAAGUUUUUAUGGGUCGGGUCAUCACCAUCACCACCACCACCAUCACCACCACCAUCACAAGCAUCUCAUCAGCUCCUGCAAAGGCCGAUGUCCCGCGUCGUACACCCGCUUCACCACGAUGCUAAAGCAUGAAAGGGCUAAACAAGAUCCCGCUCCAGAAGAACCUAGACGGCAAGACUCCGACUCUGGACUCUCAAAGAUAGCGUUCCUAGUCAGCCCAGUGCCUUUCCGGAGGAAAAAAAACACGGUUCCCAAAAAGCAGACUGAAAAGACAAAAUGCAAAUCGUCAGUCUUUGAUGCUCUGGACUCUGCUCUUAAGGACAUCUGCGACCAAAUCAAAGCAGAAAAAAGAAGGGGGAGUUUGCCUGACAACAGUAUAUUGCACAGACUUAUUUCUGAAUUGCUUCCAGACAUUCCUGAAAGGAAUUCCUCCCUCAAAGCGCUUAAAAGGAGUCCUAUGCACCAGCCUUUUCAUCCACUGCCUCAAGAUGGUGCUAUUCAUUGCCCAUUGUACCAGAAUGAAUGUGGAAGAUUACCUUUUAGUGCCUCUUACCAAGACAUGGAUACAGCCAACAACGGCAGUCAAGAAAGUGAUAGUACACUAUGUUUCCAAGUAGACCAGGACUCCCCUGGGAACUAUUCUUCAGCUUUCAUUGAUGUGGGUCGAUGUGCUCCAAAAGAACGAAGAGGAACUCCAGAGAGAGAGAGAUUACCAGCUAAAGCAGUCUAUGAUUUUAAGGCUCAAACAGCAAAGGAGCUGUCCUUUAAGAAAGGAGAUACUGUCUAUAUCCUCAGGAAAGUGGAUCAAAACUGGUAUGAGGGCGAGCACUAUGGAAGAGUUGGAAUUUUCCCUAUAUCUUACGUUGAGAAACUUUCACCCCCAGAAAAAGCACAGCCAGCAAGGCCGCCACCCCCAGCACAUGUUGCCGAGAUUGGAGAAGCCGUUGCCAAAUAUAAUUUCAAUGCAGAUACAAAUGUGGAACUGUCACUGCGGAAGGGAGACAGAAUAAUUCUUCUUAGACGGGUUGAUCAAAACUGGUACGAAGGCAAGCUACCUGGAACUAGCAGACAAGGCAUCUUCCCUGUGUCCUAUGUAGAAGUCAUCAAAAAGAACGCAGCCAAAGGUGCUGAUGAAUGCCCUGUCCCGCCAAUACCCCAGAGUUAUUCCAGUGACAGAAUACACCAUUUAGGUUCAACUAAGUUGGAUUCCAAAGCUUCAUCCCCUCCUCUCAGAUACCGGCCCUCUUCUUGUCCAGAUUCUAAUAAAGAGAAUCUCCAGGCUAUCACCAAUGAAUGGUUGUCACUGACUCUUGGCUUUUCAUCUCCAAGCACACCUUCCCCUUCUCCUCCACCUUUUCCUAAAAGCCUCCUUUCUGAUUUAGAGGAACUCAACUCUCUAGCUUUAAAAAGCUCACAGAGCGCACCAGGGCUCUCCAGUAAUGUUGCUUCUCCAGCAAAGCAUGGCCAUUUUGUUCCGAUCUCCUCACCAAAGGCUCCCAACUCCUUCCCUGAAUCGUCAGCUUCAUCUCAAUCAUUUUCCUCAUCUGCCUGUAAAUCACCUCCUCCAGCAACCCGGUUUCAUGACAAGGCACAUAAACCUGAAUGUAGCAAUUUCAGAGAGAUGAGAGGAACCCCCUCUGUCAAGGAAAGGAAAAGCUUCUCACACAUUUCUCGAAAGACACCAGAAAUAGCAGAUCCUGCUCUUCUUCUCCCUGACGAAGACCAGUUGGUCAAAAGCCUGACAGAGACUGAUGAACAGGAAGAGAUCUGCGAAGAGCUGCUGUCAAUAAUCCAAGGGGGGCAGUCAAAAUAUAAAGAUUCAGGUUUCUACAGGCGUGCCCCUGAUGUAACAGAACCAUUGGCAAGGCUCCACAUAGAGGAAGAGCCAGACGCUGACCAUUUAGAAUCACCAAUAGGAAGUCAGAGAGAGCCCAUGGUAUCUUGCGAAGGGGACAAUUCACCACAUACUAAAAAAGAGGCAGCUUCACCUCCCUAUGAGAUGCAAGCGCCUUCCACUUCUCCUUCCUGCCUUGCUUCUAGUCCUCCAUUUCACUCAGACAAAGCAUCUUCCUCUGAAUGUGUGUCUACAUCCUCCAAGCCUGCUGUUACUCACUCACCCCCUCUCCUUUCCAAACUGUCAUACAGACAGGAGAAAAAAACACCAAAGUCAAAGGCUGAUUUAAAAAGAGAGAUAUUUGUCAUCGGCAAACCUCCUCGUAGCCCUGUUACGACAAGGAGAUCUUGCGGCUCACCUGUCAGAGGGCACAGCUAUUCACAUAGGCCACAGCGCCCUGUGUUUGCUCAUGAAAAUAUACACAGUGGGGGGGAACCGUUUCAGGUUCUGUAUAACUAUACUCCUAGGAACGAAGAUGAGUUGGAGCUCAGAGAGGGAGAUGUCAUUGAUGUGAUGGAAAAGUGUGAUGAUGGAUGGUUUGUGGGAACCUCCAGAAGAACAAAAUUCUUUGGUACUUUCCCUGGAAACUAUGUCAAGAGGCUGUGAAAUGUUGUUUGUUUGGUUUUUAUCCUACUUAUUUAUGCUGCAUCUCUGCAACACAUCUGCAUAUAAAGCUGCUAGAAAACAUGCUCCACCAGCCUUCUGUUUUCCUGCUUUGCAAUUCCAGGUAGACGUCAUCUAGUCCAUCUCCACCAUCACAUCUUCACCCGCCAGCCAGCAGUAUUACUGUAACAGCUAUGACUGGAUAGCUGAGCUUUUAUGAAACAAGAGGAAUUAGUCUGAUUUCUAGUGUAUCUUCUUUUGUGCAUUCAAUCCUUGUCUGUUCCCUCCCCAUUUGAAGCACACAUACAAGAAAAAAGCUUGAUGUCAAAGUGCAUCACAAUGCUUCAAGGAGUUACCAAUAUUAUUUGGGGGGAAUCGGACUAUAGCAUCCUUACGAAAAUUCGUUGUAUAUGUUCACCACAUAAGGAGUGCAGGUUGUGGUCUCUCUUUUCACUUUUUAAAGUUUUCACAUACUUUUAAAGUUCAGCAGUGUGUGUUGCUUUCAUUUUGCUGUUUCACAACAUUGGCCUGGUUUUACCCAUUUGCAAAAUAAGUUAAUUCCACCAAUCGGUGGUUUCCAUGACCUUCAGUGUUGCAGCAUAGGAAGAGUGAUUUUCAAACUACAAUCAGAAAUCGUUCAAAAGGAUGAUUCACAAUUCCCAGUUUGUGGCCAAUGGAGAAAAGUUAUAAAUUGGGGGGAAAUGUUUUUUCUUCCAAAUAGAAGGCAGCGUCACAUAUGUUCCAAUUAGGAAGCAUAGCUUGCAUUUCCUGUUUCUGUGCGUAUUGUUUGAACUAGGACACACAUCUCCCUAUACUGCGGUGUCUUUCAUAAGGAAAAUGUGCAAGCAAGCCUUCUUGUCAUAUAUUAGUGAUGUGAACACAUUCAGGAAGUGCAAGAAAGAGUGUCCUCCUCAGAAACAUGUGCCUCUCUAUCCAAGAGAAGCGGACGCUCCCAACACGGUUAUUGUUCUAAUGGGAGACUACAAGACUUUUCUUCCUAUGAAUCUGAUACUUGUACAUAUCUUUAACAUCUAAAGUUCAUCCAAAGGAAACUAUGCUUGUUACUUCGAAAUAAGGAAGAAACACAAAAAUGCACAGAAACUGCAACCAUUUGUAAUACAAGCUGCCAGUGAAUAUUUUCUGCCGUUUCACAACAAUGUUGUGACUACAGCAAGGUACAGUAGAGUCUCGCUUAUCCAGUCUUUGCUUAUCCAACCUUCCAUGUUAUCUGAUGCUCUGGCCCACCCCCUUUCCUCCAGCAUUUCCCCUUUAGAGGUCAUGUAUUUAGUUUACUUAUUUCUUCCCCAUUUUGGCCAAUACCACUAUGCAGACUCCAAAAGAGGAGCCAGAGCAUAAUGGUUCUGCCUCUCCUCCCCACCCCUUCCACGCACAGCAAUGGUUCAGUCUGAGUUGUAAGGAGGGGCCAUGGCUAUGCGGGAGUUUGUAGGAAAUUUGGGAAGAGAAAACAAGAGGAAAGAAUGAAGGUGGGCAUUUGUACUAUCUACCUUUUCAUUACAAUUCCUUGUUUGUUGCUCUCUUUUCCAUCAGUAGUGAGUUCUCUUCUUGUGUCUGGAAAACCAAGCAGAAGGAGAACUCACUCACCACUGAACUUGGCCAGGAUAGACAUAUGGACUUCAACUCCCAGAAGCCUCCAUAUUAUCCAACAUUUUCAUUUAUCCGACAUUCUGCCGACACAUUUAUGUCGGAUAAACGAGACUCUACUAUACCUGAAAGUCUAAUAUUUAAUAUUCAUUUAUCAUGUGAAGUUUCAGCAAGGAAAAAUAAUUAGUUGCAUUGCAUUUAGGCACUAGGGUGGGGAGCAGAAGUCCACAGAAAGUAUCACAUACACAAUUACUUUGCUACUUUGUGUUUGCACACUUUUGAAACAGACCUGAGCUAUAUUUUCUUUCUAGCAAUAUUACAUGAAAGCAAAGAAAUAAAAAGGCACAAGCAUGAAAACAGGUACAUAUGGGUGGAUUUUUUAAAAUCCUUGGAUUAGUGUGAAGUAUUUGAACACAACAUUUGUUUUCUGUACGCAGCACCCAAGCAUAAAUAGUGUAUGAUGGGAAAAAAUACAUGACUUUCUAUGUCUAUGGCUUUACGCAAAGCAGUCCAUGUUUGGUUUUGCUGGCACCUUAUAGAAGGCAAAAAAGCAAAGGCGUUUACUACGUUUCUCUUGUGGUAAAGGACAGAUCUUGCAAAUUUGUAGUUUGUAGCAUUUUGUACAUACGUUUGCUUUCUUUGUACAGAGCCAUUUUAUCGUUGAUUCUUUUGGAGGAGUAAAAAUCAAGUUCAGUAUCUGAUCUUCUUCAAGCGACCCCUUUCCACUAAUAAAGCUUCAUUUUCUCGUUUUCUUUUACUCCCUCUUCAGUGUAUAAGCACAUUUGGAUAGUGCAAUUCUGUAAAAUAGGAUUUGAUGCAAAAGUUUUAUGAGUAAUAAUAAUAAUAUGGUUUUACCUGCCAAAUCUUUAAAAAUGUACAUAUGUCUUUAUUAUGGAGAAAUGUCAGUGAGACAGAUAGAGAAACAUCUUUGUGCAGCAUACCUUGGUUACUGCAAAUUACAUGGCAAAAGCUUUAUAUUUCAAAGGCUUUCCAUUAUAAACUAGAUGUGCAUGGAGCUUUGCAGUGAAAUCAGUACUUAUCUUUGAUGCCAUUUAUGAUGGAAGACUUACAUGUCUGUUGCCUGUGAUAUUUAAAAGACGAUGAAGAAGAACCGCUGUUUCUACUCUGUUACCUGAUUUUAAUAGAACAAGAUUUUUCAUACCUGGCUUUCAGGUAAAUUGACAUUGAAUUCUUACAUGCAAAAGGUCUCUGUGUUUUUUUCCUUGAAUAGACUUCUAAUAAAAAUUGCUUGGAAUA